AAUUCAAACCCGAGUUUCUCUCCCUCUCUCUCUUUCUGCUUUCAAACAAUAAUCAUUAUCUUCAUACGCGAACGCAGCGUCAUUUCUCUAGCACUCAUCCUUCUCUGUUUCUCUGUUUUGCUUCAAUAACAGGGGAGGGUGGAUUUCGUGAUGCGCAGAUGCGUUUCAUGAAACCAUUCCCGUAUCAAUUUCGAAUCACACUUUAGGCUGUCUUCGCCUUGGAAGGCUUUGUUAUCCGACUUUCGAGCCAUUCGCAAUGACAAUGGAUGGCGGCGAGGUGUUUGUCGAAAUCCCUGAAAUGGAAGAAGGGAUGGAAAAUACCCAUAAAGAUUCAAUAUUUGGAGAAGAUCAAGAGAGGAAAUAUGGCGAGAAUGAUUCCUAUGAGUCAUCGCCGAGGGGAGUUCUGGAGAUCCCAUUGUCUACCUCGUCUGAUUCUGAUAAUAGCAGCACAUAUAUUACCGAUAGUUUUGGAGAAGACAAGCCAGAGACGGCAUACUCUCCCGGUGGCAGCCUAAAGGACCAGCUGUUAGACCCGUAUGCCAUGCAAUGGAAGAAUUUGUUUAGUUCCAUUAAGAGAAAAUCUGCCAGGAGUAUCUCAAUCAUCCCUUUGCUUGGAGGUGUUGAGAUGAUUGCAAGAAAGAGUCGGAGGAAACUGUUGGGUAGCAACCGGAUCUCCGAGGAUUGUGGUGAUUUCUUGAUUCCCAAACCUUCAUGGAGGAAUUUUAGCCUCCGCGAGCUUGCAGAUGCCACUGAUAAUUUUAGCCCUGAUAACUUGAUUGGGAAAGGAGGGCAUGCAGAAGUGUAUAAGGGAUGCCUUGCCAACGGUCAAACUGUUGCAGUCAAGAGGAUAACGAAGCAAGAUAAAAAUGAUGAGGACAGAGUUGGGGAUUUCCUGUCUGAGUUAGGGAUCCUUGCUCAUGUAAAUCACCCUAAUGCUGCAAAGUUAAUUGGUUUCAGUGCUGAUAGUAGUUUACACCUUGUUCUCCAAUAUCUCCCUCAUGGCAGUUUGGCUUCUGCUUUACACGGUUCACAAGAUUGUUUGGAAUGGAAGGUGAGGUUAAAUGUGGCUAUUGGGGUAGCAGAAGGAUUGCACUACCUUCAUUCUGAUUGUCACAGGCGCAUAAUCCACAGAGACAUCACUGCUUCAAACAUUUUGCUUACGGAGGAUUUCGAACCUCAGAUAUCAGAUUUUGGACUGGCAAAAUGGCUCCCAGAAAAAUGGGUUAACCAUGUUGUUUCCCCAAUCGAAGGCACUUUCGGAUAUAUGGCUCCUGAAUAUUUCAUGCAUGGAAUUGUUGAUGAGAAGACUGAUGUCUUCGCAUUUGGGGUUUUGUUACUUGAGCUAAUAACUGGUCGCCGUGCAGUUGACUCAUCAAGGCAAAGUCUUGUGAUUUGGGCAAAACCUCUGCUGGAGAAAAAUGACAUCAACGCAAUAGUCGAUCCUCGUUUAGAAGAUGCAUAUGACGUCGAGGAAAUGAAACGUGUCAUGUCUGCAGCUGGAAACUGCAUUCAUCAUGUUCCCGUUAACCGUCCCAACAUGAAUAAGGUUAUUCAAAUUCUGAAAGGUAAGAAGGAAGAAGUGGAAACGAAGCAGAAUCUGAUGGCUGGGAGAUCAUCAUUUUCGGAUUCUCUAGGCCUGGAAGACUACACAUCAACAAGUUAUCGUACAAAUUUGAGUCGCCAUAUGGAGCUAGUCAUGGAAUGAUUCUUACUUGCCCUUCUAACACCUUUGCUCCAUGUAUUGUAUAUAUGAUAAUGAUGAAGCUUCAAUAUGUGAUUAUGUGUGAGUGUGUUGUAGCACUAGUAGCUGAGGACAAUAACUUUGGUGUUUGUCUAUAUGUAUUGUUUGAAUUUCUUUCAGUCGCUGCCUCCAUUCAUUGAGGGCUAGCAGCACAGAAUGAUACAGUAGGAAAGUCAAGUAGAGCAUUUCGAUCAAUUU